AUGAAAUUUUUGAUUGGAAUUAUUUUGUGCGUCGCAUUUUUUUCACCGCCGAUAAAUUGUUUAAAUGAAAAAUUAAAAGAAAUUUUCAAUUGGAAAGUUGUCGAUUUUGCAUGGAACAAUACAGAAGAAAGGGAUGCUGCCAUUGCGAGUGGAGAAUUCGUACCUGAAAAUAAUCUACCAUUGGGAUUAGCCGCGUGGAAAGAUAAAGUUUUCGUAACAAUACCAAGAUGGAAAAAUGGUGUCGUUUCAACGUUAAAUUACGUCAAAUUAGACGAAAAUUUAAUGAGUGAUUCUCACAACGGUAUGCCACCAUCAUCUCCACCAUUGAUACCGUAUCCGAAUUUUCAAAGUAAUCACGUCGGUAAUAAUACAUUGGCAAGAACAAACAUCAUAUCCGUUUUUAGAGUUUCCGUUGAUAAUUGCGAUAGGCUUUGGGUUAUGGAUACCGGAAAUGCUGAUUUAUUGGGUGAAACGAGAGUUUAUACCAAACCUAAAAUUCUCAUUUACAAUUUACAAAACGAUGCUCUUUUACACGUUUACGAAUUUCAAGAUUCCGAUUCUGAACCUGAUUCACUUUUUGCCAACAUAAUAGUCGACAGCAAUUCAAACGAAUGUGAAAAAGCAUUUGCUUACAUGCCAGAUCCAGGUGCACAUGGUAUAGUCAUCUACGAUUUGGCAAAUAAUAAAUCGAGAAGGAUAAAACAUAAUUAUUUUCAUUUUGAUCCGCUCGCUGGAAAUAUGAUGGUCGGCGGUGUGAAUUUUCAAUGGUCCGACGGUGUUUUCAGCAUAGCUUUGACCAAACCCAUGGAAAACGGAUAUAGAAACGCUUAUUUUCACUGCUUGUCGAGCACGAAAGAAUUUUUAGUGAGUACCGAAGUAUUUAAAAACGAUGACGUAAGUAAAAACAGUUUUUACGAUUAUAAAUUGGUCGGAGAUAGAGGACCUGAUUCUCAGAGCACGGCUAGUUACAUACACGAAGACACGGGUGUUAUGUUUUACACUCAAAUACAAAAAGAUGGAGUCAAUUGUUGGAACACGAAUAAACCUCUCGUGAAAGAAAAUAUCGUCGAAGUCGCAUCCGACAAUGAAACCAUGAUAUUUACAAACGAUCUUAAAGUCGAUGGAACCGGACGUUUGUGGACGCUCACGGACAAACUUCCUCUUUUUAUUUAUAAAAAAUUGGAUCCGAAUGAAGUCAAUCACAGAAUAUUCAUGGGCCGUGUAAACGACGUCAUUUCCGGUACUGCUUGCGCAGCUUAA